AUGGCAAAAGGACAACCUCAGCAGAGAGAGCAGGAAUGGACACCUGUGCCCAACAGAACAGAGUCAAACACAAAAAUGAAACUAACAAGGUGUGGAAAAAUUAUCCUGAGUAUCAUAACGGUGGUGAUUGCUGCAGUAGCCAUUGGACUCAUCAUUUAUUUUAUUGCUUAUGGCAACACAUCUUUCUAUUAUCACAUCAGCUUUAAAGUCAAUAACAUUGACUACAACAGCAAGUUUGGAAAACCAUAUUCACAAGAAUUUAUGGACCUAAAUAAAAAGAUAGUGUCUCUGAUAAAUGAAACAUUUCAUGAGUCCAAACUCAGAAGACUGUAUGUCAAAUCUCAUGUUGUCCAAGUAAGCCAAGCCAAAGGGAAAGUAAUAGUGCAUGCUGUUCUGAUGUUUAAAUCCUGCUUUAAAUAUAAUGCAGCAAAAUUUUGGGAUAGGAUUGAAACCAUUUUAUAUCAGAAGAUAAUAGGUAAAACUGGGUCUCUAUCCAUAGAUCCUUCUUCAUUUAAAUUUUCAGACAUUGAAAUGGCAGCAGCAGAAAAUCUUCUCAAUACCUGUUGUGGGCAACGCACAAUAACUCACUCUGGCAACAAAAUAGCAGGGGGCACUGCUGCUGAGGAAGGGGAAUGGCCCUGGCAAGCUAGCCUUCAACAAGACCAGGUCCACCGAUGCGGAGCUACUUUGAUUAGUAACAGCUGGCUGGUCACUGCUGCUCACUGUUUCAUAAGCGUCAAUGAUCCGAAAGAAUGGAAUGUUAGUUUUGGGCUUCUUCUAAAUCAUCCAAAAACACAGCGAGGUGUCAAGGAUAUUAUAAUUCAUGAAAACUACCACUAUCCUGAACAUGAUAAUGACAUUGCUGUUGUGCAUCUGUCUUCACCAGUAUUAUAUGCAAGCAACAUUCGAAGAGCAUGCCUUCCAGAAGCUACUUAUAUAUUCCCACCCAAUUCAGAUGCAGUAGUCACUGGAUGGGGAACAUUAAAAUCUGAUGGUGAAAGUCCUAAUAUACUCCAAAAAGGAUUAGUGAAGAUUAUAGAUAAUAAGACCUGCAACAAUAAACAGGUUUAUAGUGGUGACAUCAAACCUGGAAUGUUGUGUGCCGGGUUACUGGAUGGAAAAGUGGAUGCCUGCCAGGGUGAUUCUGGUGGACCUCUGGUUAGUGUAGAUUCAAAAGGCACCUGGUUCCUUGCUGGUAUUGUAAGCUGGGGAGAUGAAUGUGCUCUUCCAAACAAGCCAGGAGUCUACACUCAAGUGACAUACUACCGAGAUUGGAUCAUGUCUAAAACUGGUCUCUAG